AUGGAAGAAUAUGAAGAAAAAAGUCAAGAAUUAGAACUUGAAAAAAAUAAUAUUUUAAAAGAAAAAGAACGUCUUCAAAUUCAAAAUAAUGAACAAAAAUCUAUUAUUCAAUCUAAAGAAAAUCAAUAUAAUCAAAUUCAAUUGGAUUUUGAACAAACUAAAAAUCAUUUAGAAUCAAAAAUAAAACAAUUGGAAGAUAGAUUAAAAGAUGUUUCUAAUGCAAAAAAAGAAGACAUAGAUGAAAAUGAAAAAUAUUUAUUAUUAAAUGGAAUUAUUGUAACAUUAAAAAUGGCUAAUCCUGAUUACGCUGAUACUUCUUAUUCUGUUUCUUCUUUAUUUAAUGAAAUUAAAAAAGAAAAUGUUCCUUUACCUCAAUGGCCUCUUUUUAUUGCUGGAACACUUGGUCAAGAUUAA